ACAUGUUGCAGUUUAAGUGGCAAAAAAAAAACGGGUAAAUACCGAAAAAUACAGUCAGUUGCAAUGUGUCGUGUUCGGAUGGAUAAACCAUAUUAAAACGCGCUCGUUUCGUGUUUAUCCGCCGUGUAAAAGCCGAGGUUUUGCCGCUGUGGAGAAUGACGCAGGAUUUUAUCUUUAAGUUUACUGCUGUUGACAUAAGCAGCUCCAGCUGAAGGAGAAGAAGAGGGGAGAGCGGCGGGGCAAAUCCGAGUCACAAGACUUCUUCAUUGCCGCUUUUUUCCAGUCGAAGGCUUAAACCCCUGGACUUAUGGAGAACCCCGGCUACAGCAGCGGCUUCGACGGCCUCCAUCACCCCAGCGACGACGACGAUGACGAGAUGGUGGACAUCGCAGGAGCCACGCUGGACUUUUCGACCACAGAUGACGUCCCCCCGCUCAGCUCAGGAGGUUAUGAUGAGUACAGCGCCGGUAGCAGCAGCAGAGCAGCCGGUAUGAACGGGAGCGGCCCCACCAAGCUAGUGGACCCUCUGGAAGACCCGCUGCCUGGGGUGGGCACCUACGAAGACUUCAACACCAUCGACUGGGUCAGGGAGAAGAGCAAGGACCGCGACAGACACAGAGAGAUCACCAAUAAGAGCAGAGAGUCGACUGUGGCCCUGCUGCACAGCGUCAGCGAUGCCUUCUCCGGAUGGCUGCUCAUGCUGCUGGUGGGACUCAUGGCAGGUGCUCUCGCUGGUGGUAUCGACAUCGCAGCUCACUGGAUGACAGACCUGAAGGAAGGGGUUUGUCUCAUUGGCUUCUGGUUCAACCACGAGCACUGCUGCUGGACGUCUAACGAGACGACUUUCCAGGAGAGGGACCGCUGUCCGCAGUGGAAGAGCUGGGCUGAACUCAUAGCAGGAACGGCUCAGGGCCCAUUUGCCUACAUAGUGAACUACCUGAUGUACAUAUUUUGGGCUCUGCUCUUCUCAUUCCUGGCUGUGACGCUGGUCAGGGCCUUUGCUCCAUAUGCCUGUGGAUCAGGAAUACCAGAGAUUAAAACAAUCCUCAGUGGGUUUAUCAUUCGUGGCUACCUGGGGAAGUGGACCUUGAUCAUAAAGACCAUCACUCUGGUUUUAGCCGUCUCCUCCGGCCUCAGCUUGGGGAAGGAGGGACCUCUGGUCCAUGUGGCGUGCUGCUGUGCCAACAUACUCUGCCAUCUGUUCACCAAAUACCGCAAAAACGAGGCCAAACGGCGAGAGGUUCUAUCGGCGGCAGCCGCAGUCGGAGUGUCGGUGGCUUUCGGUGCCCCCAUAGGAGGAGUCCUGUUCAGUCUGGAGGAGGUGAGUUAUUACUUCCCCCUGAAAACCCUGUGGCGUUCGUUCUUCGCCGCCCUGGUGGCGGCCUUCACCCUGCGCUCCAUCAACCCGUUUGGAAACAGCCGCCUGGUGCUGUUUUAUGUGGAGUUCCACGCCCCGUGGCACCUGGUGGAGCUGGCACCUUUCAUCCUGCUGGGGAUAUUCGGCGGCCUCUGGGGGACGCUGUUCAUCAAGGCCAACAUCGCGUGGUGCAGGACGCGGAAAACCACUCGGCUCGGGCACUACCCGGUCAUCGAGGUGCUGCUGGUCACCGCGGUGACCGCCCUGCUCGCCUUCCCAAACAGUUACACCAGAAUGAGUGGAGCUGAGCUCAUAUCCGAGCUUUUCAAUGACUGCUCCCUGUUGGACUCCUCUCAGCUGUGUGGCUACAAACAGCCGGUCAACACGUCAGAAACGGGCGUAGAUAACAGCCUGGCUGACCGGCCAGCAGGGGCAGGCCUCUACACGGCCCUGUGGCAGCUGGCCCUGGCCCUCAUCUUCAAGAUCCUGAUCACCGUCAUCACUUUUGGCAUGAAGGUUCCCUCUGGCCUCUUCAUCCCCAGCAUGGCUGUGGGAGCGAUAGCUGGCAGACUGCUGGGCGUGGGCGUGGAGCAGCUGGCCUACUACAACCAUGACUGGCUCAUCUUUAGAGGGUGGUGCUCCCCAGGAGCCGACUGCAUCACACCGGGCCUUUACGCAAUGGUUGGGGCCGCUGCUUGUUUAGGUGGUGUGACCAGAAUGACGGUGUCGCUCGUGGUCAUCAUGUUUGAGCUGACCGGCGGGUUAGAGUACAUCGUUCCCCUCAUGGCCGCAACCAUGACCAGCAAAUGGGUGGCAGACGCCUUUGGAAGAGAGGGAAUUUAUGAGGCUCACAUAAGGCUGAACGGUUACCCGUUCCUGGAGCCGAAAGAAGAGUUUGAGCACAGCAGCCUGGCAGUGGACGUGAUGAGGCCGAGGAGGGGGGACCCUGCUCUGGCCGUGCUCACCCAGGACAGCAUGACUGUAGGGGAGGUGGAGACGUUAGUAGAGAUCACUCACUACAGCGGCUUCCCUGUGGUCAUCUCGCAGGAAUCCCAAAGGCUGGUGGGAUUUGUGCUCAGAAGAGACCUGCUCAUAUCAAUAGAUAACGCCCGGAAACGUCAGGACGGCAUCGUCAGCGCCUCCCUGGUGGUCUUCACAGAGCACUGCCCCGCUCAGCCGCCCGAAGCGCCCCCUCCCCUCCGCCUCCGAGGCAUCAUGGACCUGAGCCCCUUCACCGUCACGGACCACACACCCAUGGACAUCACCGUGGAUAUAUUCAGGAAACUGGGGCUCCGCCAGUGUCUGGUCACACACAACGGGAGGCUGCUGGGAAUCAUCACUAAAAAGGACAUCUUGAAACACAUGGCUCAGAUAUCCAACAGAGACCCCGACUCCAUCCUCUUCAACUGAACUCCUUUCAUCUGCCGUUUCCACCUCCUGUCCACGGAGCGGGACGGAGGACACAAACCAGAGGACACGCCUCACCCCUCCUCAAACCAGAGACCUCCAGCGUUCAUUUGCACAAAUAAGUCACGGUUGGCCGAGUUCAAAUUCCUGUGAAUUUUUUCUUUUUUUUUUUUUCUUUUUUCUUUUUGGAGGCCUUCUUGGAUCCAAUGAAGCAAAAGCUCUCUGUAGCAGUGACUCACCCGGAGAGCUUCAGUUGGUGUGGGCGACUGGUUCACAUGUGCUCCUUUUGGCACUUUCCUUUUUCUGCGUUUUCUUUUUCUCGUUUUUCGAGGGGGGGAAACUCGGAAGAAGUCUGGAAUCUUCCUCCUACUUUCUCCUCAGACCGGAGGGAGGAGAUGAUCCGACGUGACUGACGCUGAAACUAGAUGAAGAGAGAGGGGAAAAAAACGUACAAAAUGAAGUGGGUGGACAGGAGAUAAACAGAGGUUUGGGAAGCUCCGUGAAUGCCCCGGAUCUGUCUUUGCAAGUCCAGACAAGACGCCGUUUUCCGGGAGCAGUGGAUGCAGCGAUGGCUCGCCCACAACACCAGAGGGGAUCGAUUCAGGAGUUCGACGCAGAGGAUUGCACAUCUACACUCCGACGAAGACAUUGACGACGGCCUGGGAAGUCCCCAGAAACGUCUCCUAUAUGCUCGAGACUUCGGCGGCAGCCUGGGAACCGACCGGCCGCCGUAGCAGAACCGCUCUGAUCCAAACACCAUGCCAUGCCUUAUGGGAGCGCCGCAGUGGAAGAAUCAUGACACAUUGAUUUAAUUUAAUGUCAAAUUGUUGAUCCCACUAAAUUAUUACACUGAUUUAAACAGAU